UCCAAACAAAGAGAGAAGUGCACAGGAAUGCGCUGUCAUUUACGGUGAAGAUCAGAUAGAAAAGUUGCUUUUUAAUGGCCGGAUACAAAUGGUGUCUUUGUGCUCAUUUUGGAGAUUGGCAGACAGGGCAGCUGUGGAGCCUGACAGGUAAAUGAGAUCAAACAGGGGGGAGAAGCAGAGUCCGGUUACCUGAGAGGGUGGGCAGGUAGCUGGGGGCUGCCUGGAGGGGAGAGGAACAGGGGGGCACACCUGUGCUCAGGAGCCGUUACCUGAGCCAGAAACAGGAAAUGAUCCCUUAGACAGGAAGUAAUCCCUCGGAGAUAAAACUGCAGGUUGUAGGAGGAGCAGGUUGUGUGCUGAGAGAAAGAGAGAGAGAGAGAGAGAGAGAGAGAGACGGUUGGAGGUAGAGGUACAGAAGGAGAGCGGGACACAGAGAGAGAAAGAUAGAGAUGCAGAGAGAGAGGGAAUAAAAGGUAGAGCGCAGUAGGGAGGUGUGGAGAAAUGGAGACGAGAUGGAGGGAUGAGGGGUGCUUACAGCCCAUGGCGGGUGGCUGGGGGCAUGUCCGGAUUCCUCUGGAGGAGGUGAAGAGCUAUUACAGAUUCUCCAAGCAGUGCCAGUGUCUACAGAAUGAGAUCAUGCAGAAGGACAGCAGCCCGCUCAGCGCUGCAGACAUCGAGCCCGACCUCAGGAAGCGGUUUGCCUUCCUGUCAGGCGGCCGAGGGGAGAAUGGCAGCCCUAUCAUCAUUUUCCCAGAGUUCCCAGGGUUCAAUGAGCUCCAGGAGCAGGAAUUCCACGACGUGCUGACGUACCUGACCAGCGUCCCCAGCCUGGCGGUGGCGGACGUGGGCUUCGUCCUGGUCAUCGACCGACGGGAGGACAAAUGGACGUCCGUGAGGGGAACCCUGCUGCGCAUCGCGGGCUCAUUCCCAGGAAACCUGCAGCUGGUUCUGGUGCUGCGUCCCACUGCCCUGCUCCAGCGCGCGCUGUCGGACCUCUACUUCAGGUUCAACAGAGAUGAGUUCAAAAUGAAGGUGCCGGUGAUUAUGCUCAGUUCGGUGACUGAGCUCCACGCCUACAUCGACCCCACCCAACUGACCGUGGAGUUCGGGGGGACCCAGGAGUACUGCCACGAGAAGUGGAUCUCGCACCGCACCGCCAUCGAGGGCUUUGCUCUGAUGGUGAAGAAGACGGCGCAGGUCCUGCAGUCCUUCGGGGCGGAGCUGGCCGAGACGGAGCUUCCCAACGACGUCCAGGCCACCACCAGCCUCCUGGAGGCUCACACCGAGAAGAAGGACAUGAUGAAGGACGACUUGAGGAUAGCCCUGAACCAAGGAGACCGUCUUUUGGAGAGCAUCAAUGAGCCGCUGGAGAAGGAUCCGGAAUACUCCAUGAACCAGGACGAGCUGGAGAACCUGGCCACUGUGCAGAGGCUGCUGUCCCAGCUGGGUGAGACGGAGAGCGCGUUCGAUGAGUUCUGGGAUCGGCACCACACCAAGCUGGAGCAGUGCCUGCAGCUGCGCCACUUUGAGCACAACUACCGGGAGGUCAGGGCCCAGCAGGAUCUGUGGGCGGAGCGUCUGUCAAUCUUCUCGGAGGUGGGGAUUAGCCCCGCCCACGUGGAGCACCUGCUGAGAGACCUGAGUGGCCAGGAGGAGAGAAUCUGUGACGUCCUGGACCGGGCGCGGGCGCUAGCGGCUGAGGGGGCCUCGCUGAUCCAGAGCUCGCACUACGCCCAGGACUCCAUCCAGCCCAAAUGCAGCGAGCUGCGCUCCGUCAGCGAGGGGCUGACCGCCUGCCUGCAGGCCAGGAAGGCCCACCUGCUCAGGGCCAUGGAGCUGCACCAAAGCCUGGAGCAGACUGCCAAGUGGUGCGAAGAGGGCAUCUACCUGCUGGCGUCGCAGCCGGUGGACAAGUGCCAGACCCAGGAUGGGGCGGAGUCGGCCCUGCAGGAGAUCGAGCGUUACCUGGAGACGAGAGGCCAGCUCAGCCAGCUCUCGGACAUGGACAGCAUCUUCCGGGACUACGCGUCCGUGCUCAACGACGAGUUCAGGGAUCACGUGGAGAGAGUGUUCCGGAAGCACACCUCCAUGCAGGAGAUGUUUGAGAAGAGGCGGGUCAGCCUGAAGAAGCUGGCCGCCAAGCAGUCCCGCCCCGUCCAGCCCGUCGCCCCCCGGCCCGAGGCCUUCGUCAAGUCCCCUCUGUCAUCUCCAGGGCACCGGGGAAUAGAGAAGACGUGCGGUGGAGGCGAGGUGGAGACUGGCGUGAGCUGCAGAAAACUGCAGGACAGCGGCAGCCGGCAGGGAUCGCUCUCCGAGGAAGAGGAGAACCUGGCCAUCCUGAGACGGCAUGUGAUGAAUGAGCUGCUGGAGACGGAGAGAGCGUACGUGGAGGAGCUGCUCUGUGUGCUUCAGGGGUACGCUGCUGAGAUGGACAACCCGGCCAUGAUGCACCUCAUCCCGAGCGUGCUGCAGAACAAGAAGGACAUCCUGUUUGGAAACAUGGCUGAGAUUUACCAGUUCCACAAGAGGACCUUUCUCAGAGAGCUGGAGGCGUUCACAGACUGCCCUGAGCUGGUUGGCCGGUGCUUCCUGCAGCGGAUGAAUGAUCUGCAGAUCUACGAGAAGUACUGUCAGAACAAACCGCGCUCCGAGAGCUUGUGGAGACAGUGUUCUGACUGUGCCUUCUUCCAGGAGUGCCAGAGAAAGCUGGAGCAUAAACUGGGCUUGGACUCAUAUCUUCUCAAACCUGUGCAGAGGAUAACCAAGUACCAGCUCUUACUGAAGGAGCUGCUGAAGUACAGUAAGGCCUGUGAUGGUGCGGCGGACCUGCAGGAGGCGCUGUCCUCAAUCCUAGGCAUUCUGAAGGCGGUUAACGACUCCAUGCACCUGAUCGCCAUCACCGGUUAUGAGGCUAACCUUGGCGACCUGGGCAGGCUGCUCAUGCAGGGCUCCUUCAGCGUGUGGACGGAGCACAAGAAGGGCCACGCGAAGGUGAAGGACCUGGCGCGGUUCAAGCCCAUGCAGCGCCACCUCUUCCUGCACCAGAAGGCCCUGCUGUUCUGCAAGCGGCGGGAGGAGAACGGGGAGGGGUACGAGAAAGCCCCCUCCUACAGCUUCAAACACUCGCUCAGCAUGAGUGCCGUGGGAAUCACGGAGAACGCAAAGGGCGACAACAAGAAGUUUGAGAUUUGGUGCAAUUCCAGAGAGGAAGUGUAUAUAGUGCAGGCCCCCACACCUGAAAUAAAAACUGCCUGGGUGAAGGAGAUCCGGAAGGUUCUGACAGAGCAGUUGCAGGCUUUCAGGGAAGCCAGCCAGCAGAGGGCGACGGAUCAGGUAUUCCAGUUCCCUUCGGGCAACUCCCCACCUACCGGGCUCAGUCCCUUCAGAAGUGGGCAGAAGAGCAACAAGAAGGGCGAAGAGAAGAGGACAGAGCCCGGCAGCCCGGAGCCCGUCACCAGUCCAAAAACCCCAGAAAAGGCCAAAGAUGAUACAGCCACCAGUCCCACCACAGAGAGGGCCAUGGUGGCCAAAAAACGCUUUUCCUUACAGGGGUUCAGCAACCUCAAGAGUCAGAAAGAGCCAGCACUUCCUGAUGUUAAAAGCCUAACAUUACCCAUGGCCCACCUCUCUCCACCAGGAUCUCCUCCGAGCCCUGACCGCAAAACCAAGCGGCAUGAGGUCAAGAGUGACCCAACUCCGUUUGGUUUUAGAGGUCCUCCCAUCAACCUCACCAGAGUCACAUGGUUCAGUACUUCUCACCUGUUGCCGGCUAAGAAGAGAGGCUGGGGCAAGGCCUCACUCUCCUUGGAUCCAUCUGAAGAGAAUGAUGGGUACUCCAGCUCUGAGGACCCCCUGAACUCUGACCCCGAAGAUGAAGCAGGGAAGAAGCUGGCUCCGGGGAAGUACACGGUGGUGGCGGACUACGAGAGAGGGGGAGGCCCGCAGGAAGUGGCGGUGAAGAGCGGCGACACGGUUCAGCUGAUAAAGGAAGGAGAGGACGGACAGUGGUUUGUCCGGAACCUCAAGACCAGUAAGGAGGGUUGGGUCCCAGCUGCGAAUCUGCUGACUCUCAUUGGGGUGUCAAAGUCCUCCGAGUCCCUCAGCAGCUCAGAGGGCAGUGGCACAGGCAACCUGAGCAGCUCGUCCAGCUGCAGCGAGACCUACGCCAGCUUCUCUGACAUCAAGGCCUGAGAGGGGGGCCCCCGUCCGGCUGUGUGGCCCUCCGGCGACGUCUGCUCGUCUGCUCGUCUGCUGGUUCUUCCUGUUGGAUGCCGCCUCUUCUUCUUCUCCAUCCCUCUCCGCCCCAUCGGAUUUCAGACCCCGUGGAAGGAACUGUCUUCUCCCCUUCCUAGGAACAUUAACAUGUUUUAGUGUUUGGGGAGGGUGUGGGUGUUGGGGGGGUGGGGGCCGGGGUAAAGGGUGUCAGACUCCGGCCCCCUCCGUGGUGCAGUGAGACAUGGGACGCACACGGGGGGCAAAAUGGUACCUCCCGCCCGCCAGUAGAUUGGGCUGUGUCAGCUCCAGGGCCUGGCACACUUCCUGGCCGCGUACCCACAUCCUGGGUACCGCAUUCUGGGUUGCCACAGCAACACUCUGCAAUGCACCUUCACCUUCCUGGAUAUUUGCUGUAGUCAGCAGCGUUCAUGUUUAUUCAUGCGCCCAAUGCCUCUCCUGGAACCAUCCGGCGUUUCUUCGUGAGGGGCGUUUGGAUAUAGAUUUUAUAUGUAUAUAAGAGGUCGAUGAAUAAGAAAAGAUGUUUUCCUUUAUAUAUUUUUAUUAUUUUAUUAGCCUUUAUUUAAGCAGGUUAGUCCCACUGAGA